AUGGGAAAAUUGACAUUCUUCUUCCUUCUUUUUACCCUCUUUUUGUGUCCUUUGGUUGCUUCAAGCCCCGGAAAAAAGCAAAGUGAUGUUCUUGGCAAGUUCUACAAGGCCAAGCAAAAGAAUUCAGCCUUUGACAAGAGUUAUUUUAAGGCGGCAGCCAUUGAAAAUGUGGAAUUAGACAAAGUUAUUCUUCCACAGGAAGGAUCAAAAGAAAAAGAUUGGAUCAAAAAAUUGCCUGGACAACCACAAGUAAAGUUCCAACAAUAUGGUGGCUAUGUUACGGUCAAUGAAUCUGCUGGUCGUGCUUUGUAUUAUUACUUUACUGAAGCUGAGAAUUCCAAAUCAUUGCCUUUGCUUCUUUGGCUCAAUGGAGGUCCUGGAUGUUCUUCUAUGGCAUAUGGUGCCAUGGAGGAACUUGGACCAUUUAGAGUUAACAGUGAUGGGAAAACAUUACACACGAAUCAUUAUGCGUGGAAUCAUGCUGCAAAUGUGUUGUUCUUGGAGUCUCCUGCUGGAGUAGGAUUUUCAUAUACAAAUACAAGCAGUGACCUCAAUACAACCGGAGAUAGCAGAACUGCUAAUGAUAAUGUUGUAUUUUUACUCAAUUGGCUCGAGAGAUUUCCCGAGUACAAGAACAGAGAUUUUUACAUAUCUGGUGAGAGCUAUGCUGGGCAUUAUGUACCUCAGUUGGCACAAGCAAUUCUUCAGUAUAACAAGCUAGCGAACAAGACACUUAUCAAUCUUAAAGGAAUAAUUAUUGGGAAUGCAGUGAUCAAUGAUGACACAGACAACACAGGAAGGUACGAAUACUAUGCAUCUCAUGCCCUAAUUUCAGAUGAAACGUACCUUGACAUCAAGAAAUAUUGUUACGACAAUAACUACAAUAAGAGCAAGUGCAAUGGGGCAGCUGCAAUUUCAAACAGCAAUUUGAAUCAUCUUGACAUCUACAGCAUUUAUUCCCCCCUUUGCAAGGAUGGAAAUCUCACAAAAUACCCAAAACUACCGUCAGUAAUUAUUUUGAUGCAGCCAUUGCAGAUUGACCCCUGCUCGGACAAGUACAUUUAUGCUUAUCUGAACAGACGGGAUGUUCAAGAUGCACUCCAUGCCAAUGUUACCGACAUCAAAUAUGUUUGGGUAGCUUGCAGUGAUCCACUCUUUUACAAUUGGAAAGACAGUCCGGUGACUGUAAUUCCUCUCCUCAAAGAGUCUUUGGCAAAUGGUGUUCGAGUGUGGAUUUAUAGUGGUGAUACAGAUGGAGCAGUUCCUGUAACCUCUACAAAGAAAUCCAUAAAAGCAAUGAACCUUACAGUUGAUCAACCUUGGCGCUCUUGGUUGUAUGAUGGAGAGGUUGGAGGAUAUGUUGAGACAUACAAAGGAGGUCUAACAUUUGCAACAGUAAGAGGCGCGGGACAUGAAGUUCCAAGUUUCCAACCUGCUAGAGCCUUUAUCCUUAUUUCUCACUUCCUUUCUGGCACACUACCCCCCUGGAGAUAA